AAAGUGUAAAAAAUAGGUGGAAAAAAAAGAGAAAAAAUCCCCCCACCGAAGAGGAAUGUCCACGCGCCGGGAUUCCCUCUCUGCACUUUUUAAUCUUCUUCAUCCUCUUCCUCCCCCUCGCAUCCUCCAGCCCUGCGUCUCUCGUCGUCUGUCGCCUUUCCAUCCCUCCCGUUACUUCCAUCGAACUCCCGUCACUAUGAGCGAGAUUACGCACCCUACUAUUAAGGAUGGCUGGUUCUCCGAGCAAUCGGAAAUGUGGCCUGGCCAGGCCAUGAACCUGAAGGUCAACCAGAUCCUCCACCACGAGAAGUCCAAGUACCAGGAUGUUCUCGUCUUCGAGAGCAGCGACUACGGCACUGUGCUUGUUCUUGACAAUGUCAUUCAGUGCACCGAGCGGGAUGAGUUUUCCUACCAGGAGAUGAUUACCCAUCUGGCCAUGAACUCGCACCCCAACCCUAAGAAGGUUCUCGUCAUCGGUGGUGGUGAUGGUGGUGUCCUUCGCGAGGUCGUCAAGCACGAGACUGUUGAGGAGGCCAUCCUUUGCGAUAUCGAUGAGGCCGUCGUCCGUGUCUCCAAGAAGUACCUCCCCGGCAUGAGCAUCGGCUUCCAGCACCCUAACGUCAAGGUCCACAUCGGCGAUGGCUUCGAGUUCCUGCGAAACCGCAAGAACGAAUUCGACGUGAUCAUCACCGACAGCUCUGACCCCGAGGGUCCUGCCGAGUCCCUUUUCCAGAAAUCUUACUUCGAACUCUUGCGCGAUGCCCUUCGCGAUGGAGGUGUUAUCACCACUCAAGCUGAAAACCAAUGGCUCCAUCUGAAACUGAUCGGCGACCUGAAGAAGGCCUGCAAAGAGGUCUUUCCCGUCGCCGAAUACGCCUACACCACCAUCCCGACCUACCCAUCCGGCCAGAUCGGAUUCAUGGUCUGCACCAAGGACCCCAACCGCAACCUGCGUGUGCCCAUGCGCACCUGGUCUCGCGAGGAGGAAGAGCGCCUUUGCCGCUACUACAACAAGGAGAUCCACUCUGCUAGCUUCAUUCUACCGAACUUUGCACGCAAAGUUUUGGACGCGGAUGCUUAGAGUCGGAUAGAUCUGCUUGGUUUGAGUAAUUUGUAAAUUUGGAUUGAUUCUCUUCGAAAGGAAGAGAAUAGGCAUCGAUAAAAGGGCGGGGAAACUAGAUGAAGAGGGGAGGGAAGAUUAGAAGAAAAAAAAUUUUCUGGUCUCAUAACGAGAGGCUAACCUUCCUGAUGAAUAUAUUGCCUCCUUUCGAUCUGAUGAUAACGAUUAUUAGCUCGGUUGAAUGAAAGGAAUGAAUAUAUGCAAUUAUAUCUUUUGAACCUAACCAUUUGUUACGAUUUCACACAAGUCACUAUAUAUAAUUGG